AUGGAUCCCAAUUCCGCCAGUAACCUCUCCUUCAUCCUCGACAAGCCCAACUCAGUCUCCUUCGCCGACCGGCCUGUGCCCUCGAUCAAAUCUCCCCAUGAUGUCCUGGUCGGCGUGAACUACACCGGCAUUUGCGGCUCCGACGUGCACUACUGGAAGCAUGGCGCCAUUGGACACUUUGUAGUCAAGGACCCCAUGGUGCUGGGCCACGAGAGCGCCGGUACUGUGGUGGCCGUCGGCGAUGAAGUCAAGACCUUGAAGAAAGGCGACCGCGUUGCCCUCGAGCCAGGCUACCCGUGCCGUCGUUGCGGCCCCUGCCUUGGGGGCAAGUAUAAUCUCUGCCCGGACAUGCGCUUUGCCGCCACGCCGCCGUACGACGGUACCCUGACCGGGUUCUGGACCGCCCCCGCCGACUUCUGCUACAGACUACCUGACAAUGUGUCUUUGCAGGAGGGUGCUCUUAUCGAGCCCCUGGCUGUAGCUGUUCACAUCGUGAAGCAGGCAGCGGUAACGCCCGGGCAGAGCGUCGUAGUCAUGGGGGCGGGGCCUGUUGGCCUGCUCUGCGCGGCGGUCGCGAAGGCCUUUGGUGCCACUAAAGUGUGCAGCGUCGACAUUGUGGAGUCCAAGCUUGAGUUUGCGCGGGGCUUCUCGAGCACCCACGCAUACAUCUCACAGCGGGUCAGCGCUGAGGAGAAUGCGGCCAACAUCAAGAAGGAGAUCGGCUGCCCCGACGGUGCGGAUGCGGUCAUUGACGCCAGCGGCGCUGAGCCGUCUAUCCAGACAAGUCUGCACACGGUUCGCAUGGGCGGCACAUAUGUCCAGGGCGGCAUGGGCAAGUCCGAUAUCAACUUCCCAAUUAUGGCCAUGUGCCUGAAGGAGGUCACCGCCAAGGGCUCGUUCCGUUAUGGAAGUGGCGACUACAAGCUCGCUGUUGAGCUCGUGGCCAACGGACAGGUAGACGUGAAAAAGCUGGUCAGCGAGACCGUCGCAUUCAAGCAGGCGGAGCAGGCGUUUGCCAAAGUCGCCGAAGGCAAGGUCAUUAAGAUUCUGAUUGCAGGCCCGAACGAGAAGCUUGAAUAA